CAUGGCGGAUUAGUGUGUGUGCAUGGGGUUCGCUACUUGUCAACCGUCGUCGAUAAAUGAAAGCUUAUUUCUCCCAGCAAAUUACAUAUUUUUGAAAAGGUACGUUGUUACAAGGUCAAAAUGUUUCGCCGGUCAAGAUUUAGCAUUCGGCCUAAUGUUGUUACGGCAGGGAGAACAGCAGCAGCACCUCAGGAAGCCCCUUCAGCAAAUCAGGAGGCCAAUGAGACCCCCAAGGACGUCAGUGAGAGCAGCAGCACUACUACUGCUGUGACAGAUAACAAGUCUGUUGUGACCCCAUCAGAAAAACCUGCAGCCCCAGGGGAUGGUAAUGACCAAAAUGGGGAAGGUACCAGCUCCUCAGCAGCAGUCCAGAGAAGGAAGCGGUUUUCCAUCAAGCCUAAAGUGGCACCAGGUCGCCCCUCCACCCUUGCUCGGAUGCCAAAAUCCCCUCUCAAGGCAGUCUCUGAAACUCCUAUUGAAAUCCCUGUCUCAGACCUUGACAAGCCAACUAAAUCCACCCUAUCUGGGACUAUAGCAUCCCCUCAGAGACUCCAGUCCCCAAGGCGACGGAGGCCUUCAGAAGACAGCAAGCAACCCAAAACGCAACCUAAAUCCAUCAUCAUCCCUUCUGACAGUUCAGAACCUUCAGCUGUUCCUACAGCUAAGGACUUUCUAGAACAAAUCCAUCUGCCGACAGACAGUGGCAAAGAAUUGGAAAGCACUUCAGGAAGUCAAGUUGAAGAAGUUCCUUCAAGACUACCGGAUAAAGUCCCCCCGUCUCUCCCAGACAAAGAAGCUAUUGAGAUAUCGGAGAAAGCCAAGAAUCUAGUGUCAUCUAAGACUGGGCUUUCACUGUCACAACCAGCGUUCUCCUUGAGUAGGCUCCUGAAUGACCCAUCAGACUUACAGAGGAUAGCAAAGGCCCAAAAACUCAGAGAGUUGCUCAAACAGGAGAUGCACAAAGAAAAGAGAAUCAAGAGAGCUAAGGCACGUGUAAAGGAAUAUACCCUAGAUCCUGCUAAAAUGACCAUGAGGGACCUUAUCCGUUAUCUACCACUGUCUAACCCCAUGACAUCUAGUUUAGAAGACGCAACUCGAGAGAAUGAGACGGUGGUCCCACCUUCUCCAGUAAGAGAAGAUUCCCCAGAGAGAGCACAGGAACCUGUGGUCCUCCCUAAAAUAGCAAGCCCGAGGGAGGAGGCAGCGGCAGAGGCCGAGGCAGAGGAAGAUGCAGAUGCAGAUGCAGAGGAAGAGCAGGAUGAUGCCGUAAUGGUUCCUCAGGUCAAAGUAGCAGAGGAUGGCUCACUGAUCAUUGAUGAAGAAAGCUUGACAGUGGAAGUCCAGCGAGCCAAAGGGCCAAACCCAGCACAGGAUCGAGACCCCAUCUUUGAGCGUGGCUCCACUACAACUUACUCAAGCUUCAGGAAAGGGACCUAUUCGAAACCCUGGUCCAGUGAAGAGACAGACAUGUUCUUCUUGGCAAUUAGCAUGGUGGGGACAGACUUUUCAAUGAUUUGUCAACUGUUUCCUCACAGAGCUCGAUCAGAGAUAAAGAACAAAUUUAAAAAAGAAGAGCGAGAGAAUGCCUGGAGGAUUGACAAAGCUUUCAGAGAGAGGCGCAAACUGGACAUAGAGUAUUUUUCUAAGCUGCUAGAGAAGAUUCUGGAAGUUCAAAAAACCCGGAAGAAACUAAAGUCACUCGCUGAGAAGAAAUCUCCCAAGAAGAAAGAAAAUAAAAAGACAAAGGGCAAAAAAGCUUCAAGGAAGCUGAGUGUCGUGGAGGAGGGAGAUGAGGAAGAGCAGAAUGAAAUUCCUGACUUGGAGGAGGAGGGAGAGAAAGAGAAUGACGACCUCUGUAAUGAGGGAGGAACCACUGUUGCUAAACCUCAGAAGAAACGUAAAAGAAAGAAUAAACCGGAUGCUUCGACUAAGGAACCAAAUGACAAGAAAAAUAAAACGGGUGAAAAUGAACAAGAUGAGGCCUACAUACCCGGAGACACUGAGGCAGCACUUCCUGAGGACUGUCCAAAAUCAGACAUGUCUGAAAAGACUGACAAUGUGAAUGAAUCCAAGGACCACAUUAUCAAGCCAGCUAAACUCUCCCGAGGCAGAGCACCAAAACCACUACUACCUUUGGGCCGGAAGUGGGGUAAAAAAAAAACACCACCCUCCACAAAGACCAAUGAUACGGCAUCAGAUAAAGAGGACGAGAGUGAGAUUGAUGGGGCCUCUAAAGACCAGGUAAAUAAAGAUCCAUCACCCUUAAAGCAAGCCACUAAGAGGAAGUCAGCCAAUGAUGACAUUUCCUCUGGUGAAGAGGAUGUCACAGUUCAACCUCCGAGACCUACCAGGUAUGGGAGAGUGCCUAAACCCACCAAACCCUUGAAUUACCCUGGGAAAGAGGCUACACACUCAUCUGAAACCACUCCUGCCUCACCAGCUGGGUCCACUGCUUCUGCUGCCAUGCCUAAACCCAAAUGCACAGCUAAGAGGGGACGAUCAUCAAAGCUACAACCAGCCCAAGAGUCCAAAAAGCCUAAACUAGUCACCCUCCGGGCUUCUCAGUCAGAAUACAGUGAUGAGGAGGAUGAAAAGCAGCAAGAAGAGGAAGAGGUGGAGGAGGAGCACCCUGCAUGUAGCUCCAGUAAUGACAGCACUGCCCCUGUGUUUGUGCCUGCCAGCCUGCGCUCCCCACAUCCUGUAAUUUCAGAAGUGGAAGAGACUAUGGAGGAGCUUGAUAUCUUGGCCAAUAUGCCUGAUGUGUUGGGCAUCUCCCAAGAUGUACUGUGCCGUGAUGCCUUUUGCGAGCGGGCACAAAAUGAGAUAGGCACAGCUGAACCCUGUGAACAUCAGCUGGACCUGCUUGUUGAUGUUAUCGACUUCCUUUCUGUAGAAAACACAGAAGUAUCUGAGGACGAGAGCUACAACGAGGCUGCUCAAACCCUGUUGACCAUCGGCAACCUGGCUCACCUCUCUCAGUCAGCACAGAAUCAAAUAGCCACUCAAGAUGACAUAAAAGGGACAACACCAGUCAGUGUGAAUGAAACCAGCCAACAUCUGGAAGAAGAGAUUGCCUACUGCUCAAAGCCUGCUGCACAGGAGGAAAACAGUGCCACUCUUAUGUCUGCAACUUCUGUUCAUGGAGGCCCAGGAAAUGUUACCACUGUGGAGCUACAAAACCGCACAACAGACACUGAUGCCAUCCCUGUUAUUCAAUCCAGUGAUCAGAGGACAGGUUCUGAUAUGGACCCAACCCCUCAAUUGCACUUAAGUCAAGAGAGCUCAAAGACCAAUUCUCCACAAACCAGAAGAGGAUGCUUAACCAAGGUAAAACCAAAACCUAACCUAGGCCAAUCCUCAAGAACUGCUCAGUCAAAGUCCCAACCAGAGACUUCAACAGAAAGGACACCUGAAGAGAGCCACACAGUAGCUCCUGACCUUUUUCAAACCACUGAGACACUAUCCGCUGCAGAGGAAAUCCCUACAAUAGCAGACUGUAGUAAAACAAAUGUAAAUGUUGAAAUUUCUCAUUUUGAAGUCAAACAUACAUCUGCAUCUACAGAUGAAGUAAUUAUUUAUCAUGUUGGGACAACUGAGAGUAGCUGUAAUAAUCAGGUGACAUCCGACUCAGCACUCACAGAAUCACAGAUUGGACAAUGGUCAAACAUAGACUCUGCCCCAGUCAAAGAGAGCAGCGACCAUUCUGCACCGGUAGAAGUGUUACCUGUCAGUCAGAAAGAAGAGAGUGAAGUCCCAUCUACUAGCCAGACCAGGAAGAGUCGAUUCCAGAAAGUCAAACCCAAACUCAACCUAGCACAGACAUCAAGGACCGUACGUUCUAAACUUCAAACCACAAAAGACACUGUAAAGAAAGACUCCAACCCAACUCCAAACCUCAAAUUCACUGAAAAAACAGGAGCAGAUGUUGAAGCAGAGCCAACUUGCAUCAUCUCUUCAGAAAAACAAAGUCCAAGUCACUGUCCUGCUUCAGCUUUUAUACCGUCGUUGGUUUUAGGGACUUCUUUUACACCCACAGAGGAACUGUCUACAACGGAGGAGAAAAAGACAGAUGUUGGAGUUGUUGGUCAGGUAGAAUCAGGUGCAGCAACAUCAUAUCAGAGUGCUUUAGAAAACCAGAACCUCUCUGAAGCUCAGUUUGUACCCAGAAGGGAACAGGCUACCAGAGACACAACCCUAACAUCUGAAUCCACAGAUGAAGUACUGAUGUCUCAUGUUGGGACAACUGAGACUAGCUGUAAUAAUCCGUCGCCACCAGAAUCAGCAGUCACAGAAUCGCAGAUUGGACCAGAGUCAAACAUAGACUUUGCCCCAGUCCAAGAGAGCAGCAAAUAUCCUGCUUCAUGUGUUUUGCCUGUAGAAGUGUUACCUGUCAGUCAGAAAGAAGAAAGUGAAGUCGCAUCUACUCGCCAGACCAGGAAGAGUCGAUUCCAGAAAGUCAGACCCAAUCUCAACCUAUCACAGACAUCAAGGACUGUACGUUGUAAACCUCAAACCACAAAAGAAAAUGUAGAGAAAGACUCCAACCCAUCUCCAAACCCCAAAUUCUAUGAAAAAGCAAUAGCAGAGGUUGAAGCAGAGCCAACUUGCAUCACCUCUGCUGAAAAACCAAGAUUAAGUCCUGGUCCCACUUCAGAUUUUAUACCAUCAAUGCAUUUAGGGUCUACUCUUACACCCACAGAGGAACGGUCUACAACUGAGGAGAAAAAGACAGAUAUUGGAGUUGUUUGUCAGGUAGAAUCCAAUACAGCAACAUCAGAUCAAAGUGCCUCAGAAAACCAGAACCUCUCUGAAACUCAGCUUGAACCCAGGAGGGAACAGGCCACCAGAGACACAAUGCUAAAAUCUGAGUCCAUAGAUGAAGUACUGAUGUGUCAUGUUGGGACAACAGAAAGUAGUUGUAAUAAUCCGCUUACAUCUGACUCAGCAGUCACAGAAUCACAGAUUGGACAAGAGUCAAACAUAGACUCUGUCCCAGUCCAAGAGAGCAGCAACUAUCCUGCUUCAUGUGUUACACGUGUAGAAGAGUUACCUGUCAGUCAGAAAGAAGAUAGAGAAGUCGCAUCUACUAGCCAGACCAAAAAGAGUCGAUUCCAGAAAGUAAAACCCAAUCUCAACCUAGCACAGACAUCAAGGGCUGUACGUUCUAAACUUCAAACCACAAAAGGCAUCGGCGAGAAAGACUCCAACGCAACUCUAAAAAAAAUAGCAAAGUAUGAAGGAGAGCCAACUUGCAUCACCUCUCCUGAAAAACCAAGUCAAAGUCCCUGUACUGCUUCAGAUUUGAUACCAUCGUUGGAUUUAGAGACUACUUUUACACCCACAGAGGAACUGUCUACAACUGAUGCAAAAAAGAGAGACGUUGGAGUUGUUGGUCAGUUAGAAUCAGGUGCAACAAAAUCACAUCAGAGUCCCUCAGAAAGCCAGAACCUUUCUAAAGCCCAUUUUGAACCCAGUAAGGAACAGGCCACCAGAGAUUCAACGCAAACAUUGGAGUCCAAAGAUGAAAAACCGAUGUCUCAUGUUGGGACAACUGAGAGUAGCUGUAAUAAUCCGCUGACAUCUGACUCCGCACUCACAGAAUCACAAGUUGGACACGGGUCAAACAUAGACUCUGUCCAAGAGAGCAGCGACCAUCCUGCGCCAUGUGUUACACCUGUAGAAGAGUUACCUGCCAGUCAGAAAGAAAAGAGUAAAGUCGUAUCUACUUGCCAGACUACAAGAGGCCUAUUACAAAAAGUCAAACCCAUUUUACCACAGACAUCAAGAACCGUGCGGUCUAAGGCUCAAACCACAAAAGACCCUUUCACUCCCUUGCAACUCCCGGAGAUACGCUCGAGCCCUACAUUAACGUCUGAAUCCACUGACAAGACAAAAGCAGAGGUAGAAGCACAACCAACUUGCAGUACCACCCCUCCUGAAAAACCAAGCCAGCUUAAAAGUACUGGCUCUCUCUUAGUGUCAGUACCAUCAUUGGAAUUAUGUUCUACUCAUAAAAGCACAGAGGAAUUAUGUUCAACUGAGGAGCAAAAGAUAGAUGUCAGAUGCAGAUUAGACUCCAAGUCAGAGGGCUCAGAACAAAAUGUUCCUCAAAGAAGGCGACACUUUCCAAAGGUCAAACACAAACCCAAUUUAGGAUCCGCUCCUCGAACUACAUUCACAAAACUGCCGUUAAAAGAUGUCAGUAAACCUUCAGAACAGUGCCAUAUGGACACUUCUUUAACCUUUGAACAACGGCCUGAGGACAAUAACAAUGCACAAACAGAACUGGAACUCGCAGAGACAGACAGCAGGACAUCAACACAUUGUUCAUUACAUACAGAACCUCUCAGCUCAACAAUGUUAGAAGGACCUGCAGAGUCAGAGAAGUCACUAGACAACACAAAUUAUAAGGGUACGUCCUCUGAUAACGUCGUCAUAGCAACAUCUUGGGUUGCUGAGAAUCAGUCUGUGUUGACAAACUCAGUUCUGACUCAGAGUAGUGAAAAAGCCACAGUUGAAGGGGAAACCACAGGGGGCAAAACGUCAAAUAAUGAUGUGGUGGCUGGACCUGCUUCACAAUGGGACCGCAAACAGGGCAUGUCCAUUAGAGAUACAAAUACCCAACCAACCGAUGAUCCAACUGCCGUUUCAGAUGUCCAUACUUCAGAAGAUGGUUCAACAGAGUCAAAAAUUGAAUUUAAACCCCCGACUAACACACAGUCCACAUCAGAUCCAAAAAUAAGCACUCAGCAGCCACUUUCAGAGAAUGACUCUGAGGCACAAAGUCAAGAUGCAGUCCAACUUUGUUCUGAAACCACAGAUACUAAUCAAACAGCUGCCCAAAGGACUGAUGAUAAUCAGUCAACGCCAACUGACUCUCCCUCAAGAAAAGCUCCCCAGACUUGUAGAGGCCAGCUUAUUAAACCAAAACCCAACCUGGGACGCAGCAGCCGACCUGCACAACCUCAACAAAUCCAGAAAACAAAACAAGCAGAAGCAGAUUUUGGUACUUGCUCAGAGGGUGUGGAUUCUUCGGUUUGCCACAAACUUGUGUCUGAACGUCGACCUGACAUCCAGGAACCAGUAGAGGGAGCUAUUGAACAGUGCAGUAACCAAAAUCCCUCUCCAAGUGAUGCUGGGUCUUCGCUGGGAUGCUUGACACAAGUUAUUGAGCAACUGAGUCAAGAUGACCCCCCUCCAAAUGUUGCUGGAUCCUCUCUGGGUUGUGUAGAAAAUGUUACUCAGGAUGCAUCAACAUCAAGUACAGGAGGGACUAAAAGUCAUCCAAGUCUCAAUACAAUAUUGCCAGACAUGCUGUUGCAGCAGGAGCCUUUAGAUGCAGAUGAACCGUUCUUCAUCCUCUCUCUGACUGAGAUCCCAGUCUGCUCAUUAGGGGAGGUUGUGGACAGUGUGCCUGAGCCCCUCCCUUAUCUUCCUGUAACAGAAGCGUCAAUAGAGCAACAGAGUGUUCCCGGAGAGAGUUUGGCAGCAGCUGGCGACGGGCUCCUGUCUAAUGUCGCUGUGCCUGUGUUCAUGGAGGAGAGUGGUGAGACAGGCCUCAUCAAUGCAAUAGAUAUUGGGCCUGACCCAGCUGCAGAUAUAGGUUCGAUCAUGGAGAAUCCAGUGGAUCCACAUGAGAAAAAUGAUGAGACUGAAAUUCCCCCUGCAAAGCAGAGACUAAUGGACACUCAUAGAAGAGCCAAACUGCAGAUUAAGCCCAAUACUACCAAGAGGAAACAAGUCUGCAAGACCCUCGCUGCCAAGGAAGCAGAGUCGAUCCCCAUUCAGACAAACCCCACUCAGCACUCGGAGCUUCCUGGGCCUUCUGUGCAGCCAAAAGUCUUUGAUGACGAUGUCAUGAAAGGAAGUGAUGAUCAUGUGGACGUUAAAAAGGAGACUCUGACGGGUGGUGAGGACCCUGAGGAUAGCAGCUCAGGAGCACAAACUACAAGGACUAGGCGGGCUAGUAGUCGGAAUAGAAAAGCCAAAGGCUCCCUUUCCCUGACUUCUGAGACGAACAACGCUGCCCCUGCAAGCGAUUCUCCACCUGGUAAAGAGGCUCCCAAGGGCCGUAAGGUCAAAACUCCAGGUGCAGCAGGAAAACCAUCUACCCCAGCACCUGGUGCCUCAACAUCGUAUGAUGUCGCUCCCACACCCAGUCAGACACAGCUGACCCAGGAAACCCGCUCAACAUCUUCUACCACAUCACCAACACAAACAGAGGUGGAUGCCGAACAGACUUCUGAGCACAGCCCACUAUGCUCAGACACAAGUCCUAGCACUUCUCUGUGUCCUGCUGAGGUCUCAGCUUCUCAGCAAAGUGUGGAGAGCAGCUCUAUAGAGGAGGAGCCCACCAGUGUGUCUCAGUACUUCUUAAGUGACAUUUUUACAGACGUGACUACAGAGAAAAAUGAUGAGACUGAAAUUCCCCCUGCAGCGCAGACACUAAUGGAAACUCAAAGAAGAGCCAAACUGCAGGUUAAGCCCAAUACUACCAAGAGGAAACAAGCCUGCAAGACCCUCGCUGCCAAGGAAGCAGAGUCGAUGCCCAUUCAGACAAACACCACUCAGCACUCAGAGCUUCCUGGGCCUUCUGUGCAGCCAAACGUCUUUGAUGACGAUGUCACUGAGCCACAGAAAGGAAGUGAUGGUCAUGUGGACUUUAAAAAGGAGACUCUGACGGGUGGUGAGGACCCUGAGGAUAGCAGCUUAGGAACACAAACUACAAGGACUAGGCGGGCUAGUAGUCGGAAUAGAAAAGCCAAAGGCUCCCUUUCCCUAACUUCUGAGAUGAACAACGCUGCCCCUGCAAGCGAUUCUCCACCUGGUAAAGAGGCUCCCAAGGGCCGUAAGGUCAAAACUCCAGGUGCAGCAGGAAAACCAUCUACCCCAGCACCUGGUGUCUCAACAUCGUAUGAUGUCGCUCCCACACCCAGUCAGACACAGCCGACCCAGGAAACCCGCUCAACAUCUUCUACCACAUCACCAACACAAACAGAGGUGGACGCCGAACAGACUUCUGAGCACAGCCCACUAUGCUCAGACACAAGUCCUAGCACUUCUCUGUGUCCUGCUGAGGUAAGAAAGGUCUCAGCUUCUCAGCAAAGUGUGGAGAGCAGCUCUAUAGAGGAGGAGCCCACCAGUGUGUCUCAGUACUUCUUAAGUGACAUUUUUACAGACGUGACUACAGAGAAAAAUGAUGAGACUGAAAUUCCCCCUGCAGCGCAGACAGGAAUGGACACUCAUAGAAGAGAACCAGACAAACUGCAGGUUAAGCCCAAUACUACCAAGAGGAAACAAGCCUGCAAGACCCUCGCUGCCAAGGAAGCAGAGUCGAUCCCCAUUCAGACAAACACCACUCAGCACUCGGAGCUUCCUGGGCCUUCUGAGCAGCCAAACAUCUUUGAUGACGAUGUCACUGAGCCACAGAAAGGAAGUGAUGGUCAUGUGGACGUUAAAAAGGAGACUCUGACGGGUGGUGAGGACCCUGAGGAUAGCAGCUUAGGAACACAAACUACAAGGACUAGGUGGGCUAGUAGUCGGAACAGAAAAGCCAAAGGCUCCCUUUCCCUAACUUCUGAGAUGAACAACGCUGCCCCUGCAAGCGAUUCUCCACCUGGUAAAGAGGCUCCCAAGGGCCGUAAGGUCAAAACUCCAGGUGCAGCAGGAAAACCAUCUACCCCAGCACCUGGUGCCUCAACAUCGUAUGAUGUCGCUCCCACACCCAGUCAGACACAGCUGACCCAGGAAACCCGCUCAACAUCUUCUACCACAUCACCAACACAAACAGAGGUGGAUGCCGAACAGACUUCUGAGCACAGCCCACUAUGCUCAGACACAAGUCCUAGCACUUCUCUGUGUCCUGCUGAGGUCUCAGCUUCUCAGCAAAGUGUGGAGAGCAGCUCUAUAGAGGAGGAGCCCACCAGUGUGUCUCAGUACUUCUUAAGUGACAUUUUUACAGAAGUGACUACAGAGAAAAAUGAUGAGACUGAAAUUCCCCCUGCAGCGCAGACAGGAAUGGACACUCAUAGAAGAGCCAAACUGCAGGUUAAGCCCAAUACUACCAAGAGGAAACAAGCCUGCAAGACCCUCGCUGCCAAGGAAGCAGAGUCGAUGCCCAUUCAGACAAACACCACUCGGCACUCAGAGCUUCCUGGGCCUUCUGUGCAGCCAAAAGUCUUUGAUGACGAUGUCACUGAGCCACAGAAAGGAAGUGAUGGUCAUGUGGACUUUAAAAAGGAGACUCUGACGGGUGGUGAGGACCCUGAGGAUAGCAGCUUAGGAACACAAACUACAAGGACUAGGCGGGCUAGUAGUCGGAAUAGAAAAGCCAAAGGCUCCCUUUCCCUGACUUCUGAGACGAACAACGCUGCCCCUGCAAGCGAUUCUCCACCUGGUAAAGAGGCUCCCAAGGGCCGUAAGGUCAAAACUCCAGGUGCAGCAGGAAAACCAUCUACCCCAGCACCUGGUGUCUCAACAUCGUAUGACGUCGCUCCCACACCCAGUCAGACACAGCUGACCCAGGAAACCCGCUCAACAUCUUCUACCACAUCACCAACACAAACAGAGGUGGAUGCCGAACAGACUUCUGAGCACAGCCCACUAUGCUCAGACACAAGUCCUAGCACUUCUCUGUGUCCUGCUGAGGUAAGAAAGGUCUCAGCUUCUCAGCAAAGUGUGGAGAGCAGCUCUAUAGAGGAGGAGCCCACCAGUGUGUCUCAGUACUUCUUAAGUGACAUUUUUACAGACGUGGAAGAGGGUUGAAAUCUCUAGAUAGGGAGAGGAUGAAUAUGCGUAUGGCUUGCCCUUUUUAAUUCCUUGUUGUGUUAAGUUAUGUCUGUAAAGGUUAAUUUAUAACAAAAUUAUUUUUUGUUUUUGCUGUCAGUUGUAAUUAAGUGAAGCUAAAUUGAUUAUACUUUUACAAGCACUUUCAAUAUGUCCAGGAGUUUCAAUUUACUGAAAUGCUUUUUUAAAAAGCCAAUAAUUCAAAUAAGUAUUAAAUUGUACACAUCAAUAACCAAAACACUGGCAAAUUACAGGUUUGAUUCAACAAGGGAGCAGCAUUUCCCCAAUUAUUCAUUAUGUUUAAAGCCUCAGAUUCCCCAAUUUGGUUAUUUAUUAACUGUGAGAAUGUAAAUAUUGUACAAUGGCAAAACAUUUUUUCUUUUCCAUAUCUGUUCCAUUUCAAUACAGACCACAACAUUGGUCUCAGGAAGAAAGAAAAACAUAGCUGGAUUACUUGACAUCAUGUACAGUUGUAUGUUUAAAUGUAUUACCUUUUUAUAAUGCCUCUUCUGUGUAUUUGACAAUUUCUAAUCAUCCUUUCUAAUCUGAAACUAAUUUUGGUUGUCUUAUUUACAAAUCCAAUAGACCGUAAAAUUGCAUCAUUAUAUUCUGCAAAUUCAGCCUAUACAGAGAAGAGAAGGGUAGUCAUACUUUAUUGAAGGAAAAUGUUAUAUGAGCUAGCAUUUGUUGAGACAUUUUGUUGUACUGUAUAUAGUGUUGAUUAGUUCAAUAUUCAAAGAGUUACUUGUACAGAUUUGCAGCAUUCAUAUUAUGUUUGAUACUUGGAACAAAAACACGUGUUAUCUUUUAAAUGUUCAUUAAAAGUAACAUAUGGAAUUCUGUAAGAUGUGAAUAAAAUGUUUUCUUCCAUCAC